CGCCGUCGUCGCUCAGGACAUCGCUCAGACCCAUCCCCUAGCUCUCUAAAACCAAAAUGGCCGCCCAGAUUUCCAAGAAGAGAAAGUUCGUGGCUGACGGUGUCUUCCGCGCCGAGCUCAACGACUUCUUCACCCGCGAGCUGGCCGAGGAGGGCUACUCUGGCUGCGAUGUCCGCGUUACCCACGCGCGCACUGAGAUCAUCAUCCGCGCCACCCACACCCAGGAAGUUCUGGGCGAGAAGGGCCGCCGCAUCCGCGAGCUCACUUCGCUCGUUCAGAAGCGUUUCAAGUUCCCUGAAAACUCCCUUGAGCUCUACGCCGAGAAGGUCCAGUACCGUGGUCUCUCUGCUAUCGCCCAGUGCGAGAGCUUGAGAUACAAGCUCCUCGGUGGUCUCGCUGUCCGCCGUGCUUGCUACGGUGUCCUCCGUUUCGUCAUGGAGUCCGGCGCGAAGGGUUGCGAGGUUGUCGUCUCUGGCAAGCUUCGCGCCGCGCGUGCGAAGUCCAUGAAGUUCACCGACGGCUUCAUGAUCCACUCCGGUCAGCCCGUCCGUGACUUCGUUGACUUUGCCGUCCGCCACGUCCUGCUCAGGCAGGGUGUCCUCGGUAUCAAGGUCAAGAUCAUGAAGGGCUGGGACCCGGAGGGCCUCGUCGGCCCGAAGAAGCCUCUUCCCGACAAUGUCACCAUCCUCGAGCCGCCCGUCGACAAGGUCGUUGGCGAGCCCUCGUCCGAGCAGCGGGAGCCGGUCUCCGUCCCUGCCGCGGCACCUCCCGCCGACGAGGCGACCUACGCGCCGCCCCAGGAUGCCGCGUACCAGCCGGAGCAGACCUUCCAGGAGGCUGCGCCCCCCGUGUUCUGAUCUCGUUAUGCUCAUAUGUAGUAUGUCCUUGUAUGAUCAUCUGGUGGAAGCACCGUUUAUGGCAUUUACUCGCAAGCCUC